CAACUUCAAUUCUCUAAUUUUGUUAUUACCAAUCAACGGCAUUUCGCGAUAAAAAAUAAUUAUCAGCACGAUUACUGGUAAUGUGAAUCACAGUAUGAUUAUCAUAUAAGAAGGAUAAGUCGGAAAUAUGCUAGGCGCGUUAGGAGAUAGCAGCGAGGACGAAUUUCCAGAUGUCGACGUUGUUGUCCGACAGUAUCGACACAAAGUAAAAGAUGGACGAGAACAGGAGGAUUGCGACAAUGUGAAUAUUAGCUUACGGGAUUCAAAUGAACAUACAUCACGGAAAGGGCGUAAUGUGAAAAAUACGCCUGUAGCGAAAGCAACGCCUCUUCGGCGGCGAAAACUAGGCCAGACCCAGACUAACGACGAGUCUCUCCUAAAACCCUGGGGGAAGACUGUAGCUAGCAAAGAUGAGAAGAGCCGAACAUCCAAUCCUAGGGGUUCCCGUACUCGCGUUCGAGUCAAGGAAGAAAGUGUCGAGCCCGAUUUCUCUCCCUCUUCCAAAAAUGUACCAGAAGCAAUACCAGCAAGAGCUCGACAACAGGGUUAUCGUGCCAUUUCAUCAGGCACAGACUUGAAACCGGUCUCAAGAAAGACUGAAAAGCCCCAGAGAGACAACGACAUUGAAUCUUCGAAUAUGAAGAUCAGGCAAAUUCCCAAGAAAUCAGCCAAAAGUUCAAUACCUUCAGAUGAGUCUGAUGACGAAUCAGAUAUAUCAAAGGAUGUUCAGGAAUCAAGCGAAGAAGAGGUAUCCGAGUUCGUCUCCGGGUCAGGUUCAGAAACAGAUGCCUCAGAUUCAAAUUCUGAACAGUUAGUGACACCACCCACAAGACGUUCAAGAAGCCCCGCUGUCUGGACAAAACCUCAAAGAACAUUAUUCAAAGACUCAGAUAAGAAGUCGGCUCCUAGCAACAAACAGCCCCAGGCAACAAUCAUUGAUCCAACAAAUCGCCCAUCCAAACAACGCGGGACACUUAACAUAUUAAAGGCGCCCCAAUCAAGAAACUUGGAAGAUGCUUUCCAGAAACUUAAGAUCUUCAACGAGGACUCUGAGCCAGACGAGCCCUCGAUAAAAAUAGACAAAAAACUCAUUCUGGAACCUACCACGCCCAGGAAGACACUCAAGGCAGUCCCUGCCUCUCCCCUUAAAACCCCCAGGAUCCCCGCGUCGCCCUGGAAGCCCGAACACAAAGAGUUCUGGGACUCCGAAGUGCACUUCGGCUGGAUUGACAAGCACUCGCCAGAGAAGAAGCCCGAGAGCCCGCAGAAGCCCAAGCCCAAACCCAAGCCCACGGCGCAGGAACUCAAGAUGGAGGCGAAGCGUAAAUACGGCGUCAGCCCAGAGAAGAAGGACGCCCGUAAGGCCUUCGACGCUAUAAAAGAAUCUCUUGCGCGUGUCUUCCUCCGGGAGCUCGACGAUCGCAUCACGGACGGCAAAUUGGCAAAGCUGACCGAGGAUACCGGCGGCCUGCGGAUCGAGUGGUCCAACACCCUUCGCUCGACGGCUGGACGUGCACACUGGAAAUGCAAGACGCAAUCUACGACAACCAAGAACGCGGAGGGCGUCACUACUAGUGUCCGCGAGACGCGACAGCACACAGCAUUCAUCGAACUCGCAACCCGUGUCCUUUCCAACGAAUCCGACCUCCUGAACACGGUAGCUCACGAGUUUUGCCAUCUAGCCGUCUUCAUCCUCAACGGCAAGCCCAAAGCUGCCCACGGCGCCGAGUUCAAGGCACUGGGGGCGCAGUGCGGACGUGCGUUCGCAGAUCGCGGGAUCAUAGUUACCACGAAGCACGACUACGAGAUCGAGUACAAGUACAUCUGGGAGUGCGAGGGGUGCCAAGGCCAGAUUAAGCGGCACUCGCGCAGCGUGAAUGCGGAGCGCCAGAAAUGCGGUCGGUGUCGCGGCGCUCUGAGGCAGGUCAAGCCUACACCCCGCGGCGGCGGCGGCGGCGGCACUGACGUAGGUGGCGGCCCGGCAACGGUGAAGAAGAAGUUGAGUCCGUGGAACGAAUUUCUCAGCCUUGAGAUGAAGGCGCUGAGCCAGAGCAACCCGCGCAUGUCGUUCAAGGAGAAGAUGGCGGUCGUGUCGACCAAAUGGAACGAGAUUCAGCGGCAGCAGAAGCAAGAGAAGAUGGAGGUGAAGGAGGAUAAGGAGGAGAAGAGGAAGAAGACGAUCAUAGAACUGCAAACUGCGGUAGAGAUUCUGAAUAUUAAUGACGGCGGUGAUGACGACGACGACGGUGACGAUGACAAUGGCAAUGACAAUGACAAUGACGAGAAGGAGUAUGGGGAGAUAAAGGACUAGUCUAGAGAUUAAAGGGGAAGCUUGAGGUAUUGGCACUUAGGGCGUCUCCUAAUGCCUCCGAGGUAGUAGACUGGAGACGACAUUAUGAUUACGGAAGGGCUACCACGUAGAGGGGCCUAUUAGAUUGUAUCUACCAAGCUUACGGAUGGACUGACGGAUGAACAUAUUAACGGUUCUACACACCUAAUCGGUUUCUAAUUAGGGUAAUAAUCGCAGACGGGCUGCGUACAUAAGGCAUCAUCUCAAUCAACUGGGAUGACAAAAUAAGAUUGUCACUUUUCAGAGAAUGCACAGCUGCAAAUUGAUGCUGACCCUAGUCGUAGUCAUAAUUCCUCCCACGUCUAAGUAAGGACAGAGGCCACCGAAGUGAUUCAUAAUUCAUUCCUAGCACAAGGCCUCAAAAAGGAGAGCGCUCAACAGAAACACAAAGGAGACGUAGCUCUCAAAAGUCCGCCGCGGGAUCUUGUCAGAUUGUAAUUUUCUUUCCACGCCCUCUCCAUUCCAUUAUUCGA